UGAGCCUAUGAUCAGCUUAGGUAUCAGAGAUUUGGGCUUCCAAACCAUCUGCUUUAUCCAAAGACUUUCAGCUGAUGAGGAGCUAGGAGGCUCAAACUCCAUCUUGUCUGAAUCGGGGACAAGACUUGAAGUGCACGUUCUUUCUUGGCAGGACCUGGUCUCUCCAGGGCAGGAUGGCCCAGGAGCUCAGCGAGAAGGAGCUCUUAAAGAUGGAGGUGGAGCAGCUGAAGAAGGAAGUGAAGAACCCAAGAGCUCCGAUUUCUAAGACAGGAAAGGAAAUCAAGGAUUACGUGGAGGCCGAAGCAGGAAAUGACCCUCUUCUCAAAGGCAUCCCUGAGGACAAGAAUCCCUUCAAGGAAAAAGGCGGUUGUAUGAUAAGCUGAUGGCACUGGAGCCCCUCACCCUGAAUGCCUGCCCCUCCUCAGCCCCCUCCGUAUCCAGAACCAAGUAUCCUGGGACGCCCAGGGAACCAGUGGAUGUCCACCUUCUCUUAGUCACAGAAUGAGUAAAGAUGCCUGGCUGCAUGCAUCAUGAAUCCAUUCCCCAGUCCUGCUUUGAACUCUUCUCUCCCAUUACCACCUGCUAGGUCACUGCUGACCCCAC